AAAAGGUGCCGAAACACCAGGAGCAGCGGAGCCGCAGUCCGCCCUGCUCCGGUAGGGGAGACGACACCACGGAGCUGAACCGGGACAUGACUGAUAGCAACUAGAGCUAAGUAUCAGCUUCCUCUGGGGAAAGGUACAACUGGACGUAGAGGGCACAUCAAAUAUAUUUAUAUUUACAUUUAGUUUUUUACAAGAGAGGUCGCGAGCUAAAACAGCCGCGUUCGCUUACAGCAACGACACUGCACGGAGCUUCUGCCAGAAGGACUCGGUCAACUUUAGGCUCAUCAUUUUGUCAAGUGUUUUUAGGCGGAAGUUCACAACUUUCUCAGGGUGGAAUCUUAACUGCACACCAUCAGGCGUUGUUCACGGGACUCGAACAUGUUAGUAAAUGACCCACUGUUGGGUGGCCCGCUGGAUAACGGCAGGCUACGCGAAGACAAGUGAGACCGCGCGCGCUCGGAGGGCUCACACAUGAGCGAACUCGGACCGUAACACCGGCAUGGAGCUCUUUUCCAGGACGCUCGCGCACCUUUGAACACUUGUCGUAGCAUUCUUGCUAGGGAGUGCUAUUAUAGUAGUUUUUUGUAUAGCUUUUUUUAAAAUUAGGGCUUUUACCGCAUACAAAGUAGUAAAACUCCUCGAAGACAUCUUACGGCACCCUCCAACUGCCCCCCCCCCUCCAACAAACCCCUCCGCCCCGGGACCAUGGAGUCCGCCUCGCGGAACAGCUGCGUCUGGAGACGGACUUUCCUCGUGCUGUGGCUGUGCGCGCUCGUGGCGCGGGGAGCGGAGGAUGGCGGCACCUUCAACUCAGAGUCAUGGCUGAGGAUGUACGGUUACCUGCCCCAGGCCAGCAGACAGAUGUCCACCAUGCGAUCGGCUCAGAUUCUGUCCAAUGCGAUCAGCGACAUGCAGCAGUUCUACAGCCUGGAGGUCACUGGACAGAUGGACCCUCAGACCAUCAGCGCCAUGAAGAGACCCCGAUGUGGCGUGCCCGACAAGUUUGGGGGCCAGAUCAAAACCAACGUGCGGCGGAAGCGCUACGCCCUCACGGGACAUAAAUGGAACAAGAGCCACCUCACUUACAGCAUCCAGAACUACACUCCCAAGAUCGGGGAGUACAACUCAUACGAAGCCAUCCGUCGGGCAUUCAACAUUUGGGCGAAGGUGACCCCAUUGACCUUCGACGAGAUUCCCUACCAAGAGAUCAAAUACGGACGCCGGAAGGAGCCCGACAUCAUGAUCUUCUUCGCCUCGGGUUUCCAUGGAGACAGCUCUCCUUUUGAUGGGGAGGGAGGCUUCCUAGCUCACGCCUACUUCCCCGGACCCGGAAUGGGCGGGGACACCCACUUUGACUCGGAUGAACCAUGGACCAUAGGAAACCAGAACAUACAAGGUAAUGACCUCUUCCUGGUGGCGGUCCACGAGCUGGGUCACGCCCUGGGUUUAGAGCACUCCGACAACCCGCUGGCCAUCAUGGCUCCCUUUUACCAAUGGAUGGAGACGGAGAACUUCCAGUUGCCCGAGGACGACCAUCGAGGCAUACAGCAGAUUUAUGGUCAACCAGGCGGCGGCCCCACCCAGGCACUGCCCACCGUGACACCCCGUCGACCGGAGCCCAGGCCGCCUCAGACACCUCCUCGGCACCCUGACCGCCCCAGGACCACCGAAAGACCAGAUCACUACGGACCCAACAUCUGUGAAGGGAACUUUGACACGGUCGCCGUGCUCCGGGGAGAGAUGUUCGUCUUCAAGGGCCGUUGGUUCUGGCGGGUGCGCAGGAACAGGGUUCUGGAUAACUACCCCAUGCCCAUCGGCCACUUCUGGAGGGGUCUGCCCGGAGACAUCGACGCUGCCUACGAGAGACACGACGGCAGGUUCGUCUUUUUUAAAGGAAAUAAAUUCUGGCUUUUCCGGGAGGCUAACCUGGAACAGGGCUAUCCAAUGGAGCUGGUUGAUUACGGUCAAGAUAUUCCCUACGACCGGAUUGACACAGCCAUCUGGUGGGAGCCAUCCGGCUACACGUACUUCUUCCAAGGAGACUGGUACUGGCGCUUCAACGAGCAGUCGCGCUUGGCCGACCGAGGCUACCCGAAACCAAUCAACGUCUGGGGGUCGUCGGUGCCCUCCUCUCCCAAGGGGGCCUUCCUCAGUGAUGAUGGCGCGUACACCUUCUUCUACAAGGGUUCCAAGUACUGGAAGUUUGACAACCACCGCAUGAAGAGCGAACCGGGCUACCCCAAGUCCAUCCUGAGAGACUUCAUGGGCUGCAGCGUGGACCUGGACCCCGACAGAGACAGAGAGACGGACGCGGACGCAGGACGCAAGCAACCGGACUUGAACCGCCCGCCGGUGAACCCGGACGCGGACGUAGACAAGGGCAGAGAGCGCGAGGGGACGGACGGCGGCGCAACAGACAAGGACACGGGCAAGGGGUCGGACAACGGCAAAGACGAAGACCACCGCGAGGGCCGCGAGGAGGACACCAACGAGGUGGACGUGGUGCUGAAGGUCGACGACAGCGAGGAGCGGACCAUGAACAUCCUGAUGGUGACCAUCCCGCUUGUCCUGGUGCUGUGCAUCCUGGGACUGAUCUACGCCAUCAUCAACACGCUGCAGAGCAAGGGGGCGCCACGGCUGCUGGUGCACUGCAAGCGCUCGCUGCAAGACUGGGUCUGACCCCUUGAACUCAUGGGGACUCUGAACUUUGAACUUAAAUCGGACCAUAGACACCUCCCCCAUCCCCACCCUCCAAUCCAGGCCUCCUCACAGUGAUCCAUCCGUCUCAGCCGCUCCCACAGCUCUUAGUACACAUGGUAGUAGAUUCAAUACAGUACUGAUACACGCACACACAGACACACACAGACUAAAAGCAAGCGUGAUGUCUUACUUACACACACACACACACACACCACCCUAAACCUCCUCCUGUCUCCCUGGUGCUCUACAAUGCGUUGACUGUAGUCUAUUUAUAUGAGAGAAGUUUGCACAUUGUUUUUUCCUGUUUUCGUGUGACUUUUUGUUGUUAUUAUUAUUAUUAUUAUUAUUUCUAAACUAGGAAGGCCGUUCUAUUCUCUCUGCACCGCCUUCCUCCUUCCUAAUCUCAGUCGGGGCUUUUGUCCUCGCCGAUAACCUGACAUCUGCUCAUGCUGUCACCGUUGCAAGAACAAGAAAAAAAAGAAGACACCCGAGAGAGAGAGAGAGAGAGAGGGGGGGGGGGGGGGCACUCAAAGCAAAAGUCUUCUUCUAUACCUCUUCCCUUUGCUCUGCAGCGCAGUGUGUCGUGGCCAUGGGAGGGGGGUGAGAGAGGAAGAGGGUUUUGGUCACGUGGAGUUUGUUGCCGUUCAGGCACUGCUUUGGUUUUAAAGGAUAGUCCCAGUUUAUUACAACGUAGGUCUUAUUUGUUUCAAGUAAUGUUCUCAUUUUUAAUAAUAACACUCUUCUGAUCGGGUUAAUUGCUGAAAUCUGGGAAUGGGAAGACGUUGCCAGAAAGAUGUGGAUCCUCGAAUCUAUAAACAAAACCCGGGGUUAGCCAAACGUAUACUUUUUACCUAUUCAGUUUACAGACCAGCUUCCUGGUUUUAGUUUGACCCAUUGUACUUGCCGUAGUUGUAGCCACACAGUGUCACCUUCAAAUAAAGUGGUUUAGACCAUCCGUCUCACAUGGGGGUCUGUUUAUAGAAAUAGUUUGACAUGUUUGGAAAUACAAAUGUUCACUUUUUUCUGACCAGUUAGAUGAAGUCCAGUCAAUUGUAUUCAUAUGGCUUAAGGAUCUGUACAACACUCUCUUUGACCCUCGAUUGGGAAAAGGAAAAAUUGCUGUACAAAAUCUGUUCAUUACUAGCUGCUGAUAGGCAGAUGUUUCAGCAUUGGGCGGAGCUUUCCGUCCUAAAAUGCCGUUAUAAUAACAGUAGAACUCGUGGCUAUACAAAUAGGCCCAAUGUUGUAAUAAAUAGUAAUGAUCCUUUAAAUUCA